AUGACCACUUCAGUCCAAUUAUUAUCUACUGGUACUAUAGACUUUGAUUUACAUUAUGGAAUUCAUGCAAAAGAUUGGUGGUGGCAAACCCCUAAGAAAGUGAAUAAAAGUUACAAAGAUAAUGAAUUUUGUCCAGGAUAUUGUUGCCAAUGUGAAGAAAUUUCAGGUGAAGUUGAAAAAAAUCCAACUGAUGCUGUAUCCAAGUUGUAUCAAAAGAUUAAUCCUAAUUCAACAAGAAAAAUAUCUGGAGCUGAGGUUUUAGGAUUUGAAUUGGAUGAAGUUAUUCAAGAGUUGUUAUUAAAUAUUGAAUUUAGAUCAUAUUCAAUUCAAAUAGAAAAUAAUAUCAACCUAUUUAUUUGUGGCUUAAGGAGUUUAAAUAACAAUGCAUUAUGUGGAGCUGGGAAUGUGGAGAUAUGGUUUGAAAAUGAUUUACUUAAAACAAUCAAAAAAAAAGGUCCAAAUGAUGCUUGGAAAGAAGUGGGGAUUCUGGUUAAGCUUGAAGGCAAAAAAAUUGCUGCUUUGACUUGUACACCAGAAGAAUGGGAAGAUGAAGCAUUGCUGCAAAAAAUAUUUGAUUAUUGUCUUAAAAAAAAAACAAUUGCAAAUAUAAAUUGGUAUAACUUUUUUUAUCAAUGGCAUAAACAAGAUUCUAGCAUAAUAGAGCUUUGUUCCUUUUUAGAAAAAAUGUAUCCCAUAGGUCAUAAAUGUAGUGAUCAUGAAUUACAAGCAUGGAAUGCAAUGCUAAAAGCUGUGGGUUGUACAAAUGCUACUCCUUUCAAUAAUAAAAUUUCACCAUAUAGGUUUUGGUCUAGAGCCAUUGAUCCUAAAUCUGAUAAAAAUAAUAUUGAUUUUUUAUAUAAAUCUG